AUGCAAGCCGUCCGCCUUCAUCCCGCCCCCAACGGCUCAAAGCCCUACUCCCCCACCAACCCAGCUCCACCAUCUGCGUUGAAGCUAGACAAGAUCCCAAUCCCCAAACCUUCCCGCCAAGGAGAAAUUUUAAUCAGAGUGAAAGCCACAACAGCCAUCCGCGAUGCAUUAACAUGGCCCGAAACAUACGCGACCGAAUUUACGAUCCCAGGCAACGAUUUCUCCGGGAUAGUAGAAGACGUCUUCGUCGACCAGGAUAGCACCACCACCACCAAAUUCAAACGCGGCGAUGAAGUCUUCGGAAUGACACAUGCCGAUCGAGGCUCAACAUGGGCUGAAUAUACGAUCGUGCAUGAGCACGAGGCCACACUGAAGCCCGAAAACCUGACGUGGGAGGAGGCUGCUUGUCUACCGCUCAGCGGGUUGACGGCUUUUGAGGCUUUGUUUGAGCAUGCGGGACUCCCUCUUCCGGAUGCUGUUGGGAAAGAAGAGAUGGUUAGGAAACGGGUUUUGAUUACCGGGAGUUCUGGUGGUGUGGGUAUUUAUCUGGUUCAGCUGGCUGCGAUUGCGGGUCUGCAUGUUGUGGCUGCAUCUAGCUCUACCGAGCGCAAUGGAGAGUUUCUUAGGAGGCUGGGGGCUGAUGAGGUGGUAGAGUACUCUGCCUUGGGGGAGAAUAUCGAAGGGUCUUUUGACCUCAUUGUCGAUACUGUUGGGGGUGAGAUUCUCCGAAGAUGUUGGUCUUGGAUAUCGAGAUAUGGGACAUUGAUAUCAGUUGAUUCGGCGAGUUUUGGUUUUGUGAAUGAACAUAGAAAGUGUGGGUUUUGUAAGGGGAAGGAGGAUGUGAGGGCUUUAUUUUUUAUUGUUAAGAGUGAUGCUGAAGCUCUGGGGAAAUUGGCGACCUUGGCGGCCUUAGGCCGGUUGAAGCUGUUUGUGCUGCAAAAGUUUGAGCUAUCACAGGCUCAGGAAGCGUAUGAACAGGUUAGUUCAAGGGCUUCUGGCUACGGGAAGGUUGUUAUUUGGAUAUAG